UGAGCUCCUGGUCUUCACUGUGUCGCCCUCUGCAGGCCAUCUUAUCUCUGUGCUGUGAGGUGACUGACCUUGGCCCCUUUGUUGCUGAGCUUCAGUCCAGACUUCCCUGCCAGACUAACUCCUCCUCCCACAGCCUGGUCAUUCUGGACCAGCAGCAGGCCGAGAUGCUAAUCUUGUCAGACCAUGUGGUUUCCAAUUUGCUGCCCAACAAAACCAUCAUCAAUGACUGGGAGCCUCUGAAGCCAGUGCAGGCCAACCUGGAGGUCCUGCGCCGCAGGGGGUUGACAUGGAUUGCCGAUCAUGAGCUGGAACCCUCUGCUAUCAGCCUGUGCACCACACCAUAUGCCGUCCCCUACCGCCAUGAUGCCCUGCAUUUCAAUAUCAACAUCUUUGGCCACAGUUUGGCUUCAGUCUGCGCUGUGUUUCUGGCUCAGCUUGAAGCUUUGCUGCCAAGUCUCCAAGGUUACCUGAUCUUCUACACCUACGUUGACCCUGAGGUUUGGCCCGGGCUAUGUGAGUUCUGCCAGAACAAUGCCAAUGUGUCUUUUUUCAAGGACUACUGGGAGGAGGUCAUACUGGAGGCAGACCUCUGAAUCACACACAUUUGAGACUGACCAGUAGAAGAAUUCUUAGGCUUUUGGUGAUUCUUCAGCAGGCU